AUGUCCACUCACGAAGGCAAAAUGACUGCGCUAUGGUACAACAAGCCCCGCGACUUUGAGAUCAGGCAGGUCCCCAUCCCUGACAUUGGCGAGGGUGAGGUCUUACUCGAGGUCAAUAUACCCACAUUCACGAGGGAGAGUUUCUCGGCUACGUUUCCCUUGAUCCCGGGGCAUGAGGUCGUCGGGACGGUGGUCAAGCUGGGGAGCGAGGUGCAGGGGUUCAGCGAAGGUGACAGGGUCGUCGCGGACGUGAUGCAAUCAUGCCAUCAUUGUGUCUACUGCAAGCAGGGCAAGCCGCUGUUUUGCCUGAACCUCAGAGCGCAGGGUUGUACCGAACCUGGAGGAUUCGCAGAAUACGUCGCUUUUAACUUCUCCAAAUGUCACAAGAUCAACAAUUUGACAGAUGAAGAGGCCACCCUGGUCGAGCCGGCCAGUUGCGCCAUCCACGGGAUGGACAAGAUCAAGAUGCCGUUCGGGGCGAAAUGCCUCUUGAUCGGGGCGGGACCGACGGGGCUUAUGCUUGCUCAGCUACUUAAGCUCGGAGGUGCUUCUUCAGUGACUAUCGCCGCCAACAAGGGAAUCAAGAUGGAUAUCGCGCGCAAGAUCGAGGCGGCGGACCAUUAUCUCGAUCUCGAGCGGGAUGAGGAUGCGGCGAAGAAGCAGUGGGAUCAGCUCCUUACCGACAACCCUUACGGCUUUGACGUCGUUGCCGAAUGCACGGGCGUCGAGUCCAUCGUGAACGACGCCAUCAACUACGUCGGUCGAGGCGGGACCCUGCUCGUCUAUGGGGUGUACCCGGAUGCAGCCAGGGUCACCUGGAGUCCUGCCAAGAUCUUCAUGAACGAGAUCAACAUCGUCGGCUCCUUCGCGCAGGUCUACUGCUUCACCCGCGCUGUCGAGCUCCUCGAGUCCAAGAAGAUCAGGACGGCCGGGAUGGUGACGGAUGUGUCUGCGCUGAAGGACUACCAGAUGGCGCUGGACAAGAUGGCGUACAGGAACGCGCUCAAGAUUGCGAUUCGUCCUUAA